UCGAAAAAGUAAUGUAUUUCCAUAUGAAAAAGAAAGAAAAACAAAAAUGGAAUCACUAACAGCAAUGGAAUCCGGGUGGUGUCCAUUUCCUUGCCAACACAAAAUGCCUCAUGACACACUUCCCCUUCUUCAUUCAUUCAUUCGUUCAUCAUCUUUAUUUAUUUUAUUUUUAUGAUAUUUGUUUUCUAAUGGUAAUUGCAAUAUUAGCCCAUUGUAAUUUCAAUUAAAACCCACAAGAACAAAAAACCAUAAAGUCAAUUCCCAAACUGUCGUCUUUUUGUGGUAGCUAAAGCAGUUAAGUUCAUUAAUGGAUCAUUGGAAACCCAAGCUCGAAGUUUAUCAUCAACACCAACACCAACAUCAAUAUAUUCUCAAUGACCACAGCAGGGAGAUGAUUGAAGUGGUAGUAAACGAUGCAAAUGAUGCUAGAAAAGUUCAGAAGGCUGACCGUGAAAAAUUGCGGAGAGACAGACUAAAUGAGCAAUUCACUGAGUUGGGAAACUUACUAGAUCCAGAAAGACCCAGAAACGACAAAGCCAGUAUCGUUGUGGACACCAUCCAAGUGCUAAAGGAUCUAACAGCUGAAGUGAACAAAUUAAAAGCCGAAUAUGCAGAACUAGCUGAAGAAUCAUGUGAGCUGACACAGGAAAAAAAUGAACUCAAAGAGGAGAAAUUGUCUCUGAAUUCCGAUAUAGAAAAUGCCAAGGCACAAUAUCAGCAAAGAAUCGGGGCUUUGGUCCCAUGGGGUGUAGGUGACCAUUCUUCAGUUGUUACGCCACCACCCUACUCAUUUCCUGUUGCUUUACCUGUCCCCUCGGUCCCUGUCUCAAUGCAACUGUUUCCAUUUUUCACAAAUCAUAAUAUGCCUGGUGCGGUUCCUACUUCCUCACAGGCUUUUCUUCCAUAUCCCAACACAGCCAACACCCACAUUAAUCAGUCAAUUCCUGUAUAUGAACAUACCUCAUAUAGUUCAAGCAAACAAGAAUGUAGAAGCAAUUCCUCUGAUCGGUUUAGGGGUAGCAAUGAUGAAAGAGGUGAUAAUGCUGUCGAUGUGGCAACAGAGUUAGAACUUAAAACCCCAGGGUCAAGAUCUUGUCAGGACUCAUCGACUGGACAUAACAAACGGAAACAAUCCAAAAGGGAUUGUUCAAACAAUAGAUACACUUCUUCUCAGGGGUUUCAAGAUAGCUCUUCAAAUAGUGAGGUGGACAACAAUGGAGGGGUUUAAUCAGGUGCCGCCAAAUGUGAAGCCAUUCACUAGCCAAAUACCAAAGAACCCCUUGAAUUUGUGGCCUUAGUUGACUUGGAAACCGGAUCAAGUAUUUCAAAACUGCCGCAGAAAAAUGUGGGGGAGUUUGCUGUUCGAAAGUUAUUGAUUCCCCUUUUGGAGAAAAAUCAAGAGAUACGAUUUCAAAAAGACAAAAAUCCCCAAAGCUAACGAGAUGCUAGACACCCUUUUAGUCUUUGACAUAUGUCAGGAAGGAGGGGAUUGGUAAAAAAACAUGUUUUCCCUGAAACAGAUAUAUAUUGACUAUUGAAUAUGUAAUAACCUUGGCAAAGAACCGAUAGAAAGGACUCAAAUGCCCUGUAUUUGACAAAAUACAAUGAAUGAUAGAUGCAGUGUAAUUUUCAUUGGUGGAAAAUACUUGUAGCUUCAUUUUGUAACACAAAAAUGACAACUACAGUAAAAUCUUUAUAAUAAUGU